AUGGUUUCUGUCAGUGAUGCCAAUGCGAGCCAGCACGUGUGCACGGGGAAGGAGUUACCGCACGUGGAGGGAUUGCAGAUCCGCACCCUCGACGACCCACGCGUGGUGGAGCGCAUCCGCGUCCUAGACGAGUACUGCCUCGCGGUGAAGUACAUGGACCACUAUUACGAUACGUACGUGAAGCCGUGUGCCCACCAAUUCAACCAAGUUGCCUUCUACUAUGAUAUGCUCAUCGGUAGCUGCACGUGCCGCCUGGAGCGCACUGACAACGAGAACGAGUUUCGGUUGUACAUCAUGACCAUUGCGGUGCUUGCGCCGUACCGCCGCCUUGGGGUUGGGAGUCACCUGCUGGACCGUAUUCUGAAGAAUGUGGAGGAGGCGAAGGUAUGCAUCCGCGAGGUGGCCCUCCACGUCCAGGUGGGCUCUCCGGCGUUGGAGUUUUACAAGCGCUUCGAUUUCGAGGUGAUGGAGAAGGUGGCAAACUACUAUGCGGAUCUUGACGAGUGCGACGCACUCCUCCUCCGCAAGGUUGUGCCGCAGCUGCGGUCCAAAAAGGGUGGUGCCAAAAAUGGCAAGAGGAAAUAA